GUUUGGAUCACGUUCGACUGAGGAAGUGUUCAGCCAUCUUGUUUGCGUCCAAGUCAGAGAAGAAUAUUGAUAUUUUCCCCCUCAAGGUGGUUUUGGGUUUCAAAUAUGUCGGGAGAUGGAAAGAAGAAGCUCUUUAUCGGUGGUCUACCAAGCGAAUGCGACGAAAAAGCUUUGGCAAGCGCUUUCUCUCGCUGGGAAACAGAAGACAUCAUAGUCGUGUAUGACCGGGAGACGAGAAGAAGUAGAAACUUUGGUUACGUGACGUUUAGGGAUGACAGAGACGCUUCUGACGCCAUGAAGCAGAUGGGUGGUGAGAGCGGCAAGGGAAAGGAAAUUUUUGGGCGAGCCCUUAACAUUGAAUAUGCUCAAGACAAGGAAUCUGCUAGACCAGCUAGGCGUGGAGGAGGAGGAGGAGGGCCUAGAGGACCCCCAAGAGGUCCUCCAAGGGGACCCCCACCAGGAAGAGGACCCCCAUUUGGUAGAGAUAUGUCAUCAGGACGUGGCCCACCACCCAGGGGUGGACCCCCACCACCAGCUCCACGCCGAGGACCUAUGCCACCAGAGAGGGAUGGUCCUUACAAUGGUUAUGACAGAUACGAUAGGCCACCUCCUGAUCGUAGACCUCCUCCUCCUGAUCGCAGUGGAUACCCACCCCAAAGGGAUUAUGAACGAGAGAGGCCACCCAGCUAUGGGAGUGACAGAGGAUAUGCAGACAAGUAUCCUCCCCCAGAUAGGGGGUAUUCAAGCAGUGAUCGUGGCUAUGGUCCUCCUGGUGGUGACCGGUAUGGAAGUGAAAGAGCUGGCUACCCUGACAGAUACAGCAGCACAGAUCGAUAUCCCCCUGCUGACCACGGCUAUGGUAGUGAACGAGGCUAUGAAAGAAGUAGCUAUGGAGCUAGUGGUGACAGAGGCUAUGGUGCAAGCAGCGAUAGAGGGUAUGGGGCACCUUAUGAACGUUCAAGCUAUGGUCCACCUUCUUCUGGCGGCGGCGGCUAUUCUGCAGGAGGACGUAGCUGGUGAUUGAGCCGUUUGCGGAUCGAUGUCGAAGCUCCUGUUCAGCACUCCAGCUUUCGACUCGAUAUUCUUAUUGAAAAACAUCUAGCGAAACUGGAUCUUCAUUGUUUCUAAGAAGUAGACUGUUUUAUUCAUUUGCGUGUCCGUAUUAAAACAAUAGACCUGACCACGAAACGAUGGCUGCAAGUCGAGGAUGGACUUGAUACGAUACAGUAAAUGCAUGAACAUAUUAAGUCCAAACUCGACUUGGAACAGUGUUUCGUGGUCACUCGAGCGAAUUCAGAAAAGAUGAGAAGCCAAUGUAGUGUUUAAUAGUUUUUAUGACUUUAUGUUAUCCGGUAAGCCGGCCACUCACUAGUUUAAUCGCUAGCUCUGAUCUGUUCAGUGAAUCCACUCGCAUGAGUAUUCAUUCCCAGACCCAAGUCAUUGGACGUUCCGUCUUCCCGAUGAGUGCAUUCUCCGUGACAUUCUAUGUCAGAAGCUGUCGUUGAAAGGCUUUCGAAGAUGAGGAUGAGCACCUUGGCAAGCAUGCAGAUUAGAGAGAAAAAUAUAAGGAUUUUAUUUUUGAGUUUUAGCUUAGUUCUUUUAUGAUUGUCUGUCUACCCAGCAUUAAUAAAUAGUAUGAUAUGGAAUUAGUUAAUUACUCAUUUCGCUUAUUCUGUUUCAAUAAACCAUUUGUUCGUAUUUCGA